CCGCUUCUCCAAACUACGGUGCUACGAAGCUUUAAUCUUAGUUUGGACUUCGGAAGCCAGGGUGUCUUAUCGGCAGUACAAUAACCGUUCUUUCUUUCCUGUUGAACAAAAUAGACUCAAAAACUCCGUUUUCGAUAGUUUGAAGUUUUAGAUUGAAAAUGGUUUUGGCUGAAAGGAACCCGGAUAAUGUUCGAAAUGGAAAAAGAUCUCGCGGCCCAAGUCCCAAUGGUCAUGCAUCAGAGGGCUCCAGCAUUGAAGAGGAAGCUGAUGAACGUAUUAGAGUUGGACGAGAUUACCAAGCUAUUGUGCCAGAUCUAGUUCCUAUUCAAGAUCGGAAAGCAGAGUUGUCAGCUUUGCAAGAUAGAGCCCUCCUUGUCUGGUCCCCCACACUAGACAUACCCGAUAGUAAAUUGGAUGAUUAUAUUUCUCUUACCAAAGAGAGAUAUGGUUAUAAUGGUGAGCAAGCUUUGGGCAUGCUAUUUUGGCACAAACAUGAUUUAGAACGUGCUAUUCUCGACCUCUCAAACUUCACACCUUUCCCUGAUGAAUGGACUGUUGAGGAUAAGGUUCUUUUUGAGCAAGCUUUUCAGUUCCAUGGGAAAAGCUUUCACCGCAUUCGACAGAUGCUGCCGGAUAAAUCAAUUGCAAGUUUAGUUAAAUACUAUUACUCAUGGAAGAAAACCCGCACUCGCAUCAGUCUAAUGGACCGUCAAGCUCGUAAAAUGGCUUCUCACCGUGAGGAUGGCAGUGAGGUUGGCUCUGAGGUUGGGUCCAACACUGAUUCUGACUCUGAAGAUAAGAAAAAGGACAGCGAAUCUGGGGGAAAGGGAUCCUGUUCUAAUUGUAACGUCACCUGCUCCCAAACUCACAGUACCCCUAAAGGAGUCAUGUGCGCCACAUGUCACGCCCACUGGACGCGAACUGGAAGCGUCAGACCGACAAUGGGUCCUGCAAAGCCCCGCGAUAGACAGUUUCAUGUCUUGCUUCGUCACAAACGUAAGCCACCUCGUGGCAUGUUCAUUAAUCAUGAUGAUCUCACGGCUAUGGCUAGUGGACCUGCCGGACAGGGUGAGCAAAUGCUGAGGACAAUGGAUAGGGAGAUUGUUUCAUUGAAAAGACAGGUGCAAAAUAACAAACAAGCAAUAAGUGCAAUGCGGGCUCGUACAUCAAAUGGUAUUGAUGAUCUUCGUCCAUCAGAUUCUACAAAUAGAAUUAAUGCUCGGUGGACCAAUGAUGAAAUGCUGCUAGCUGUUCAAGGAAUGCGGAAGUAUGGCAAAGAUUUUCAGGCUAUAUCUGAAAUGAUUGGAACUAAAACAGAGGCCCAUUUGCGGAAUUUCUUCACGAAUCAUCGACGCCGAUUCAAUCUAGAUGCUGUUAUGAAGGAAUUCGAAUCUGAGAAUGGGCCAAUAAUUGAAAGUGAAACCAAAGAUGACAAGAUGGAUGUUGAUGUUGUAGAGCCAAGCAGUCCAACAAUGAACUCCUCUCCAGUUUCCAUUCAAACAAGCAUUAACAAUGUCAAGACAAUGCUAAAAACAGCUGUGUCUGCAACUAAAUAACUAGAUAUUUUAAUAGAAUUUUUCCAUUGUGCUAUUCUGUGUUAGUCAUUUUCCAAAAUUUAUGUAAAUGGUUUUCUUGCUCACACUUGUUCCUUCUGCGUCUUGUGAAUAUUCACUCAAAGGCCAUUGUGACUUCUAAGGCCUGUGUGUUGAGUGUCUGAAGUACUGCCGUCUCUGGACUUUUUAGUCUUGACUGCCUUUUCUGCUGCUUCUGCUAGUCUCUUUAACUGCUGCAUAGAUUGCCUUGGUUAUGGAAAUCAUUUGGUAACCUUUAUUCAUAAAUGAUAUUGGCUGCCCCACUGAACUGUCUCAUAUGUGUAUGUCCAAAUAAUGUAGUAAAGAUGUCUUUUUAAAUUCCUCUGAUAAAAAUAAAAGCUAUUCAUGACCCUAGUUUUUUUUCUUCUUUGCUAUGAUUUCAAAUAUGUUCAAAUAUAGAUGCUGAAUUUCUUGUAAUCUAAAUUAUUUUAUAAGACUAUUCUUAAAAGUAUUGUGUAAAUUAUACUUAAUUGCCUUGUUAGGAGUGAAUGUGAUUCAAAAGUGAUAAGUGAGGUGUCAAAUGUGUGUGUUUUACUAGCAUAUACUACUGGUGCUGCAUUUUGAGUUACUGUCGUGUUGGAUCGAAACAAAAACAAAGUUUGUGCAAUAAUUGACGGAUUCAAAGCAGAGCACUGAGUUUUAGGUUCCCGGCCGGUCGCCCCUAUUGCCUUGGGUUGGAGAGCCCAAAACUCAGUGCUCUGCUUUGAUGGAAUUGCUCAAAUGGGGCAGGGCAUUAUUUUUAUUUUUUAAAAGGAGUAAGGCCUCAAAAUCUCUGAAAAUAUUAUUUUAGGUUUGGUGGUAAAUGUCUCCUGUAGUUCCUCAGUUGAGUGUUUUUGAAAUAGGGCAAAAAGUCUGUCAAGCUGUUCUGUUUACUUUUAUGACAUUGCUGAAGUGUUUUGAUUCAAAUUGUUUGAUUUAUGAUUGAAACUUAUUCAAGUUAUGUGUGACAUUCAAUAGUUUUCACAGGAACAAUUUUUUUUUCUUCCGGGAUGGAAUAAGAGUGUUUUUUACUGAUAUGCUUUGGCUUGGUUUUGACUUUUUUCUGCAGUCCCUGAUAAUAAUUUUUGAUCAUGUACAGUCUUGGUAAUGAUAUUUCUUGAGUAUGUGUUUAUAUAAAAUCCCAUCACAUCGAACCUCCUAUCAACGAAAUCCUCAUUACAAUGUAAGGUUUUCAUGUUCCAGGGCAAUGUAUUGUGUCCUGCUUAUGACGUAAGGACCAUUAAGGCCUGGAGGGGUUCGCUCCAACAAUGUUGUACUUGUCUAUUAAUGAACUCCUUUACCCUCAUCAUAUCCAAUUAGAACUUAGUAUCAAGAAUCACUCAGAAUCUUUAAAAAAGUGGUUUGAUGUACUCGUCAUGCUCACUAAUUGAAAAUGUUAUCAUUAUUUAAUCUUUCAUGAUGGCACAGUACUUGAGUCCAAUGUGAAUUAUAAAGAUUUUAUGAAUUGCUGUUUUUGUUGAGAAGUAUGAUUGGGCAGGCGAAUAAUUAGGAUUGUCAGUGAAGCAAUUGCAUGCAAUAAAGAGAAAAGCAGAUGGAAUUGGGUUGCAUAAUUUUCUGAUUGCAAAGGUUACUGAUUUUGGAUGCUACUGCCAAAUGCUAAGUUGUCUGUACUUAAUAAAUCCCUCAGAGAGAUGAGUGUAUUUUUAUUGCCUCUUGGGGGAUUAUCAACUGUAAGAAACUGUAAGUUAGUGUUUAUAAUUUGUACAUGUCUAGUGGAAUUUCUAUUUUAUUUUAUUACAUCCUAAACCUAUUGUUGAUCUGUCUCUUGAAUAAAGACAGAGUUUAUCUUACAAGAUGCGCUAUUUUUUUAUGCAAUAAUCUGCAUUAUUUGAGUAGCGGCUUCUCCCCUACCCCUUUGUGAGACCCAAAAUACAUAGAUCAAUUUAUUCACUGGGGCUUGUUUAUUAUAGAUGUCUCAUACUUUUUUGCUUUUGUAGGUAUUGGAAUUAUUUUGGGGGGUCACUCUGUCACAACCUGUUUCAAUGUUCUAGGUUGAUAAAUAUUGUGUAUGUUGGUCUGUAGUUCCUACUUAGGAUAUGGCAGAAAGCUUUGUGAUGUCUGUUUAUUGUCUUGCAAGGUUUUAUCUUUUAAUUGUUUCUAACUUUUGAGUCAGUCCCUUGUUAUUCAUGCAAAGUGGGCUUGAUAGCUUACUCUGUAAUAGGGGUACUUUUAAAAUUUGCAUUCAUGGUAAACCUGUACCAACAAGCAUGUUUCAUUCAACAUAUCUCUUACCAUUCAAGCCCUAUUUGUGUAAAGGUGAACUCAAAAUUUCAAUCUUAGUCAACCUUGUGUAUUUUCAAAUUUAGUGUAAUCAAUUUUAAGAAGCACUUAUCAGCCAAUUCUUGUAGAUAAAUAUUAGAUUUAAUAGUGCUAGUUUAGUUCUGUGCCUCUUUCAUUAUUGUUAAUAAUGGUUUAUCCUCAUUUUCUAAUCUAUUUAUCUGUAAAUAAUGAUGCACUUUCUGAA